AUGAAAGUUUCUUAUUUGUGGACUUUAGGCAGAGGGAGAGGAAGGCAACCAAACACCCCUAAGAGCACGUCUACUGCAGCUACUCUGAUAAGAAGGGUAAAUCGAGACAAGAGUGAUUACAAGGUACAUAUCAUAGUUCAGGGGUCAAAGACUCCCAGCCAAGCUACCGAUGCCUCCUCUACGCCGUCGACGAGCCGCGCGGGGUCGGAAUCCGAAACUGUCGAAGACAAAACUCCCAAAGCAGAUAAGCCCGCUUCUACAUUUUCUACACCGACCAGCGCCGCCGCCGGCGUGUACCCCUGCACUCUGUGCGCGUUCACCACCACGCGCCUCAACGUCCUGAUCUUACAUAACAAAACACACAGUGCCACAUACACACCAUACACACCUUCGCCCGUACGCAAGAAACCUGCCGCCAAACCAUCCUCCAAGGCCACCCCGAACAAAACGCCGAAAGCGCGGAAGCCGCGCAAAGAAAAGCCAGAAAAGGAAAAAGAAAAACCUGUCAAGAAAUCUCAAGCGCAAAAACGCACCACUGACGAGCCCCCGGAACCAGUGGAAGUGAAGAAAGCUAAGACUGACGAGGAAAUUAAGAGUAGCCUUUUAGCGGAUUGGGACGACAUGGACGAUGACGACGAUAAAUGCCCGGACCUGGCGUCCUCGCCCUCGGCGGCCGCCGUCUCGCCCGCCGAGCCCACGCCCGCCGAGCUGCCCACAGCACCGCUCCCGUCCGGCGACAGCAAUCCCAACGACGCACCGGCCGCCGAGAAACCGGAAUCCACCAGCGAUUCCAAAUACGAAUUCUGCGAAGACGAAGACUGGUCCUUAGAGGCGGACGCCGGCCGGAAAAUACCGCGGGUCAAGAAUCCCGCGAAGAGGAAGGAAAGAAAAAGCAUCAGCAUCGACGAGGAUGUCGUGGCGAGAGAAGUUGCGGACCUCCUGACCAGAACCACUGUCCCAGAGUUGCCUGCGGUGCCUGAACCUUUGACCGUCGAGCAAAAUUUUCCUGAGCCUUCCAUCGUAAAGUCCCCUGACAAAAAGGCGCAACCGAUACCAGAAUCUAGUAAACCGACUGAGAAAGUCGCGCCGGAACCGCCACCGACGAAAGCAAUUUUUAAGACUAAGACGUUUUUUCGAAGUCGACACUCCAGGAGCCAGGAUGCAAUAGGGAAGUACGUCGCCGAACAGCUGAACGCCGAAAGAAUGGACGUGGACACUGAAUUGAACGGUUCGGAAGUCGCGUCCUCUCCUGAAGCCAGAGAGUCUCCUCCCAUAGAACCCGUUAAAGUAGCUCGCCUUGCGCCCAAAAUACAACUCAAGAAAAUGAAAGCGGAAGCGGCUCAGUUAAGAGAAAAAGAAAAAAUAAACAUGGAAUUAGCCGCGGAGGCUAAACUCGCUGCGAAUGGUGCUAAUAGUAAGUCAGAUAUAGUAAGCCACAACCUGGCGCCUCCUGAUGAGAAAGAGGUAGUAUCUAAGUCAUCACAUCAACACAGUCAGGAUGUUUUAUAUCCUACACAAGAAAUAAAACCAAUUAAUAAGGAUACAAAUGAUAGCAAUAUACAUGAUUCACUUGCAAAUGAAAUAAAACCAAUUUAUAAAAAUAUACUUGACAAAAAAAGUGAAAUUAAAGAAUUUACUAGUAACAUACACGAGCCAUUUGAAAAAGAAAUUACAACCAGUAAUAAAGAUGAACCUGAUAAAGAAAUACAUGAACCCAUUACUAAAAUAUUCAAUAAUAUUGACACUGAAAAACUUGACGGUAAAUUAGGUAACGACAGUGAGAAACAAAUAGACGAUAAUAACCUUACAGAGAGGGAAGAUUUAUGCAAAACACCAGAAGUUGCACAAACGCCUUGUGAGCAAUUAGUUGAACCUUUCAUGAAUGAAUCUACAGCAUCCGCUGUAGAUGCCUUAUUAAGCGUUUCUAGAGACCCUGACAGAGUUACUAAAGUUGUAAGCGACGAUCCCCCUGAAGAUUUGUUUGAAGAUGACAAUAAAGAUAACGUAGUGAGUAACAAUGUCAAUGGUUUUGACGAAACUAAUAAAGACAAUCUAUUUGUAGAAAAUAAACAAAUUGAUCAAGAAAUGGAGCAAAUUACAGAAGAAACCGUCGUGUCUGAAGUUUCCCUAAAACAGACAAUUGAGCAUGACAAUGAUAUGGUUGCUCAACAUGUUGACUUAAAUGAAAGUAAUACCGAAUCCACAUGCAAUGAUAAAAUGAUAGAAAUUCCACAAAUAUCGGAAGAAACUACUGAAUUAAUUUCAGAAACAGUAGUUGACUCCAUACCAUCUGAAUCUGACCUGCAAAUAGCGGAGGCGCUGAUUAAUCUUCCAUCAACAGCUAUACAAAAUAAUGCAUCUAGUCAACAACAUCAACAAAACAUGAAUUUGUCAACACAUUUUGCCAGCGGUGAAUCUUUUCUGGAAGAGGUAGUUGAAAGUAUAAAUGACACUAAAGAUAAUGAUGAUACAAUGGGGGAAGUGAGAUCUGAGGACAACUCCGUAGUUGACAACUCUGUAGAACACAUAAACGAAUCUGUACUACCAUUAAGUAACGACAGUCUGAAUUCAAGAUAUGAAACUGAGGAAGAGAAGAGUCAAAAUUUAAAUGCCGCACAAUCACUUGUUGAAAUGUCAGAAUGUAUCGAUCAUAAAAUUAAAGUUUCCGAAUCCAAAAAACCUGAAGUAGACAAUGUACAUUCUAUAGAUACUUUACAUACAGUGCAGGCCACUGUUAUAGAAAAAAACAAGACCGUUGAACCAAAACUUACGCCAUCGGUUUCAGACAACAGCAAUGAUCCAAUCAGCAACACACCUAAAUUUGAAACAUCAUCUUCCAAAUUGCUUAAGAUUUUAGAAGAACCUUGUGUACCGAAAAUAAUCAGUAAAACGCCACCAAAACAACUAGUGGUAACCGGAAAAGAGAAAAUACUUAACUUCGACGUCAAUAAAGGUUCCAUCAAGAACAAACCUCAAUCGCCCAAGCAGAAGAUUAUCAUUCGUCGAAAUACUCCUAGCAAAAACAUUAUCAAUAGUAUAAACGAGUUGAGUUCACCCGAGAACAUAAUUCUGUCUCGCACCGGCAAGUCGCCGCCGGACGGCUCGGCCAUGCAGACCUACACCAUUCAGGCCACGCCCGACGCGCCACCCGAUGCCAACACCAUCAUCAUCCAACAGAAGGUGCGGAAAAUUACCAAACCUGCCCCUAAAUUACAAAAGCUAAAGCAGCAGUUCUCCUUGAUGGCUCCAGUCAAUGAAUCGAAGCCGGUCAGCGAACCACCCGCGGCGGAUGACACCUUCUAUGAUAUCAAUUCCAUGCCCAUAGUGCUCUCCGAUGACAUCCUCACCCCAGAGAAUAUCGAGAAAAUGCCUAUCGUUAUGUCCGACGGCAAAAUCAUCACCAACCCCACGAACCCCCCUAAACUCGUGAAAACGAAACACAUCGAAAGCGAGAAAGUCAGCACGAUCAGCCCGAACAAACCCGAACUUAAAACCUUGCUAAUGAAUCCCGUGCCCGAGGUCAGUAAAGCGACAACACCUAAUAUUUUAUCCAAGUCGUCCAAGCUCAGGGCGUCGAAACCGAUGUUAGUCAUAGAUAAAGCGACCGGAAAACAGAAAAUUAUUAUGACUAAAGCCGACCCCACCGUCAAGGAAAUAAAACAGUCUCCCGCCAAGUUAGAGCCGGCGGCCCCGGGCGCGGCCAAGCCGGGCAAGUUCAUCAUCCUGCCCACCGGCGGCUCGCCGCGGCCCAACCGCACGCAGAAGAUCGUCAUCGACCCCGGCACAGGCAAGGCGCACGUGCUCGUGGCCAAGUCCGAGCCCGCCGCCGACAACAAGCCCGUGUCCGCCAAGCUCGUGCCGCAGCCCGCCGACGCCGGCCCCGGCAGCACCGUCAUGAUCAUCACCAACGCGCAGGGCGCGCAGUCCCGCAUAGUGCUCACCCCCGAGCACGAGAAAAUACUCUUCCCCAACAAGCAGCAGCCCAAAGUGUCGCAACUCAAGACCGUAACGCACCGGAUAACGACCGACUCCCCCCAGAAGACGAUCGUCACCUCGGUGGCGGCCACGAAGACGCCGCCCCCGAAAAUAGUCCCAAAGACACAAAAAAGCGCCAUCAUCACGUCCAAAGGGCAACUGAUCGUCGGCGGACGCGUCGCGACCACCGCGCAGAACAUAGCGCCGAUGCCCGAGAUACGGCCCAAGCGGCGGAUCGUCGCCACCGAACCGAAGAAACUCGCCCAGACCGUCCAGAAGACCUCCACGGAACCGCUCAUCUUCCUGCAGCAGAAGUCGGGCGCGGUGAUGCAGCUCACGGCGGCGCAGUUCGAGCACCUGCAGCGGACCGGCCAGAUCGUGCAGAAGGCGCCCGUCCCCGAGAACAAGAUCGUCGUGCAGAAACAGAUCACGAUCCCGUCGACCGAGGCGAUCGCGCCCGCGGCCCACAAGAAGACGAGACGGCCGGCCGCGAUGUCGCCGACGCCCGCGAAGAAGCUCAAGCAGGAGAUAGCGAUAGCGCCCGCUCCCUCCCCCGCGCCCCUGCCCGCGCUCACCCCGCUGUCGCACGCCGCGCCCGCCGCCCACUCGGAGCUCGACAACUUCGAGGAGCUGCUGCCGUCCACCGCCAUCGCGCGGCCCGCCUCCCCCGCCCCCGCCCCCGCCCCCGCCCCGGCCGACGCGCCGCCCGCGCCGCUCGCGGACGGCCAGCUGCUGGCCGUGCCCGGCGAGCACUUCGGCGGCCCGCCCGGCUCCUUCUACCUGUGCGUCGAGGACAACGGCUCGCUGACGCCCAUCGACAACCGGCCGCUCGUGCUGGAGAACAACCAGCUGGUGCCGAUGGCGGAGCCGGCGCCGGCGCCCGAGCGGCGCGACAUCCUCGAGGCGGCGCUGGCCAACAGCGACGUGUUCCGCGACCCGCCGCGCGACGACGCGCCCUUCCGCGACCUGAACGCGAACGUGUCCGUGCACUGCCGCGUGUCGGAGACGAGCACGACGCUGCACCCGAUCAUGACGCCGGUGGAGGUGCCGUCGCACGCGGCCGCGGAGCCGGCGGCGCCGGUCUCGCUGGAGGCCGGGCUGGCGGUGAUCGGCGUGACGCCGCAUGCGGUGCCCACGUCGCUGGAGCUGCCCAUCACGGUGACGGACCCGCGCAUCGCGCCGCGCGUGUCGGACCCGCUGGCGAUGCUGAGCGCGAGCGAGCCCGCGCCGCGGCCGAUGUCGAUGCCGCUGCUGCUGGACGAGGAGGCGGCGGGCAGGUCGCUGCCGAUGCUGACGGACGAGCCGGCGGAGGAGGCGCUGUGGUCGCGGCGGCUGCUCACGCCCUGCUCGGACACCUCGGAGGCGUCGGCCGAGAUCCCGCUGCAGCCCGCCAUGCGGCUCUCCGUCGACGACCUGGCGCGGGCCAGCUAGGCGCCGCCGAGUUUUUUAUUCG